AUGCCUAGCACAAUUGAUCAUGUAGGCAUCUACGCUCCAAAAGAUCAGUUCGAGAGCAUCAUCGACUGGUACAAGAAGGCUCUGGCUCCGCUCAACUACAAAGAAAUCAUGCGCUUCCCAGGAGCUGUCGGAUUAGGCUCUGAAACCCCAGAUUUCUGGAUCUCAGAGACCGACGAGCAGUACCGGGGCUGCCACUUUGCUUUCAUAGCGCCUGCGCUGGGAAGUGCGCGUCGCAAAUUACCGAUUUUGCGCAAACACCGUUCUUAUACUUCGCGACCGCACAAAAACCAUGCCGGAUAUUCUGUCUCUCUGCCGGGCCUUACGACUAUGGUGAGUGGCCGGAGUGAGGCGAUUGUGGUAGUCACGGCCGUAUUCCUGGGUCUCUCUUUGAUCGCAGGAUGCUUGAGAUGUUUCGUUCGCUUUCGUCUGACUCGCGCCGCGGGAUGCGAUGACUGCGUGAUGGUAGCUGCGAUGUUCUUCAAUAUCGGUUUCGGCACAUGUACCAUACUCGGCGCGACAUAUGGCAUGGGCAAGAAACUGGUUUACUUUGAGGAUCAGCCGCAGAACUAUCGCAAGGCCAUGCUGGUGGGUGAGAUCGAAUCUGCAGACUCAAGCUCGGUGCUAACAGGAGGCGCUGAUCAGUGUUUUCGGCUGGGACAACUGUUCUAUGUCGUCACAUCCGUCAUCGUACGAUUAUCCAUCACUAUCACCCUCGUGCGCCUCACCGUCGAUAUCCUCCAGCGUCGCAUUCUCUAUGCCGCCACCGUGCUGUCCAUCAUCGCGGGGUCCAUUUUCUUCUUCUUCACUAUCUUUCAAUGCACGCCGGUCCCAUGUUACUGGAAUCGACUAACGGAGGAGGGGCACUGCAUGGACAUGGAUAGCCUCGUGGGAAUUGUGUACAUGUACAGUGCGGCUGCUGCCGUGUGCGACUUCACUCUUGGACUGAUGCCUGUGUUCAUGAUUGGGAAGCUAAAGAUGGACCGACAAACGAAGAUUGCGGUCAUCAGCCUUCUGUCCAUCGGAUGCGUUGCUGGCACUGCAGUCAUUGUUCGUAUCCCAUUUGUCCAGCUGUCAAAGAGUCGGGAAUUCCUAUACCAGACAACACAAGUUGCGAUAUGGUCGAACAUCGAGACGGGGCUGGGGAUUACAGCGGGGAGUUUGAUGACGCCCCGACUCGAUGACAUCCUAAACGAUGUGGCCCCCUUCCCCUACACCCUCGGCGCGUUCAUUGCCUUUUUAUCUGAGCACCAAUGUCUAGAAACAGUCGAGUUCCUGCUAGAGACCGAACGCUACCGGCGCAUCUACCACUGGCUCGAGACCCCGCAUAAACCCCCGACAUGCGACGGUUCCCUCCGCAAGGUCCAUCUCCUUGGACUCUGGAAUCGGCUGAUCAACCAGUACAUUUGGCCGCACAGUCCGCGCGAGAUCAACGUCCCCUGCGACAUACGGAAGGAGCUGAUGCAGCAUUUCCACAGCCAAGAAGAUGAGCCUCCCCCGCCAGAACUGCUCGACCGAGCAGUGAAUAACAUCAAGGAGCUCCUGCGAGGGUCGAUCCUCAUCCCCUUCCUGCGGAGAUCAUCUGCGACUGCGCGCGUACAACCGCUCUCUAUGCCGUGUUUGAACGAAGGGUUUCCGGGGUCCGAUACGGCUGCGCCAUGUGUAGCUGAUGAUAUCAGGGUGAAGAGAUCCCCGCGCGAGGAAUAUCCUUCCUGUCGACAGGACUCAACUCGUCGGUAUGGAUUCUACGGCGACCCGGCCUCGAGUUCUGCGGACGACGAUCACGCGUAUGCGAGUAGCGCGAUGGUGUCGUCUUCGUCGGAACGGUCAGCUGUACAAGACUUUGCGGUCAAAGGAAGUAGUGGGACGGCCAGUUCGCAUACGAGGGUGGUUCCAGACCGAACUUCUCAGGACAAUGGUAAAUCUCGGGGCUGGCGACAAAAGUUCAAGGACGGGUUGGCGAGGCAUUUCCCACGGUCAUCGGAUUGA